CUUUUGAGGCUAAGUUAAGGCCAAGAUAACACUUCCCCAGCUCCCAUUCGAACUCCCCAAGAUAAGAGAGAAGAAGAGAGCCACACAACCUAAAAGAGCAAGGAGAAAGCAAACUGCCCGCAGGUUUUUCCUCCAGUGAAAGGGUUACUUGUUUGCUUCAUAUCUCGAGUUAUACACAUCCAAAUAAGGCGUGCGAGAUACCAACAGAAAGCUCUCAAGACGAGGAAUCCGUGAAGGUCUGAUUUGCAUCAAUCGGAGUAGUGGAAGGCUUCCAAAUUGACCGAGCAAAACACGACCUCGCAGGAAACGUUUUUGUAUUCAAAGUUAGGGAACGAAUUCGUCGGGAAACACCCGUUCUAGGGACUGUUUUGCGUUUUCGGUUGGGAGUUGAACUAGCACUUUGAGGGGGGCUGUUUAACACUCAAUUUCAAGCAAGGAAUCAGUUCUCAAACCUUCUUGGCCGAGGCUUUGGUCAUUGGAUCGAGAAGGAAGGUUUUAAAGCUCAUUUGAGGUUGAGGCUAGAGCUUGCAUCCUGUGCUCGUUGAUCGGGCGAUUCCUCGGAGAGAAGACUUGAAAUGGACCGUGGUGGCAGGAUUACUAGGAGAAACCCGACCGGCCAUGUACCAGUGGAGACUGGACAGGGCAGUCGAAGGACCUCUAGGGCAUCUAGAGGAGCUGGCCGUGGAGGCCGAUCACAGACCGUGAGUGACGGUCAUGUCGACACGGAGAGUGAAACCUACUGGUCCUAUGAGGACUCGACCUAUCAACCGGAAACUGAACCGGUUGAGACCCCUUAUGAAGGGGAUGAUGAUGAUGUAAGUGAUGAGGAGGAAAAUGGCUCCUUAGCACGGAUUGAAGCACUGCUUCAACAGUACCACCGUGAGCGUGAGGAGAGGAGGGAACGCCGAAGGCGCCGGGCUGGGCAGCCUUCGGGCGGGGCUUCAAGAGGGAGAAGCCAUGGCGACUCUAGGGCCCACAUUGAACCACAUGGGGGUCGGGGUGAUGGGGGUCCAAUCAUAAGGAUCUCCAAAUACAUCAAAGAGGCACGAGACUUGGGGUGCAAACCGUUCGAUGGGACGGGUGACAUCUCCGUUUCGGCACAAUGGAUUAAACGGCUGAAUGAGGCAGCCCUGGACAUGCAACUCACCCCCGAAUAUAAACUAAGGGUUGCGGUGAGAUUGCUUGAAGGUAUGGCAUCCAAGUGGUGGGAUGGGACCAAAGGCAAAUAUGGCGAGACCGUCACUUGGGAGAAUUUCCGACAAGAAUUCUUUGCCCAAUAUUACUCGGAUUUUGAGGUGAACAAGAAAGUGAGGGAAUACACCCUUCUAACCCAAGGGGGUAACAUGACGGUGAGGGAACUUGAGUACAAGUUCAGGGAUCUUGCCGAUUACAUACCUGAGUAUGCUUGUGACGAGAACCGGAUGGUGAACCACUUCUGGGAUGCUCUAGACUUGGAGAUACGUGACAGGGCAACACAAUUGCCUAACAUGACGUUUGCCCAAGUGGUUGACCAAGGGUUGAAAGGAGAGAAGCAAUGGGAAGAAAGGAAGAAGAGAGACGCCGAGGAGGCGAAAAAGAGAAAAUGGGAGAGUCAUGGCUCCCAAGGUUCCAACAAAAGGGGGAACCACGGAGGAGGAUCUUUCCGGGCACCACCGCCACCAUCAAGGGGGAACCAAGGCCCAAGUGGGCAAGGCUCGAGGUCACAGACCUCAGUGGUAACUCGUUGCAACAAUUGCAAGAGGAACCAUUCCGGUAAAUGUCGCGACCCCCCUAGAUGUUUCCAAUGUGGGGAUGCCGGGCAUUUGAAGGCACAUUGCCCACAACUGGGCGGGGCAAGGACAUCGGGACCAAGUAGUGGCCCGACGGGUACACGGAAUCAGACCGGGGCUUCUCAAGCAAGCAGGGGGCAAGGGGGAGCAAGUGCGAGCAACGCGCCAUCCGUGAACCAAGGGAGGACCCAGGCUAGGGUCUAUGCGAUGACGGAGGCGGAUGCUCAAGCUAACCCGGACUCCGUCGCAGGUUGAGGCUAGAGCUUGCAUCCUGUGCUCGUUGAUCGGGCGAUUCCUCGGAGAGAAGACUUGGUUCGUGCUUCCUCCGUUCUAUUUGAAACAUUAUUAAAUUUGCUCAUGGAUAUUUUACUAUAGAGCCUGCGUGCUCAUGAAUAGCCCUGUGUGGCUCUUUUGUUUUAAAUAAUGUUUUCCGCUGCGUUAUGAAUUACUUAUUAUGUUUGUUUAUGGAUGUUAUAUGUGUGAAUGAUAUUCAUGACGCCUUGUAUAAUAUGAAUGUGUUGGACUGCGGUUGACUAUUCGUAUUGUACGGCGGGUUGUUGACGUGUCCGGGUAGGUCCGGGGCGUGACAUAUUGCCCUUUCAGUUCAUAAGUGAGAACUGAAAUGGCAGCAGACGCCCUCUAUCCUGUAUGAAUGAUAAUAAGCAUUCUGAGCCAUCUCAUUAUCUUGUAUAGUCAUUUGGGAGCUUCUGAUUUUGUAAAAAGACUUAAUCUGUUUCUUCUAAGUAUUAUUUUCAUAGUAUACUCCAAUUCUUUGUGAAUUUGAU